AAUCUUUCCCGUAAGCGCGCUAGCACUAACACAGUGUCUCGUCGUGAACUCGGGUGCUUUCUGCGUUUGAAUCAGAUAGCAAAGUUGUCUGCAAUGGACACCGACGUGACAAUGGUCGCGGCCGGCGAAGGUUCCAGCAGCGCCGGACCGUCUUCGGCUGUCGUUGCAUCCUCGUCCUCUACGAAGAAACCCAAGCGCUUCGAAAUCAAAAAGUGGAACGCCGUCGCCCUCUGGGCCUGGGAUAUUGUUGUGGACAAUUGUGCGAUUUGCAGGAACCAUAUCAUGGAUCUCUGCAUUGAGUGCCAAGCAAAUCAAGCUAGCGCCACCAGCGAGGAGUGCACCGUUGCUUGGGGUACGCUUUUUUUCUUAAAAAAAUUAAACUAUAUCCGAUGUUCGAGCUUCUGGAUUAUUAAUUCUUAUUAUGAUGGUUUUCUUAUACAAUUGUGUUUGACUUACACUAACCCCCCCCCCCCCCUUUUUUUUUUCCCUACUUUAUGGUUUUGUUUUAUCAUACCAACUGGUAGUCAAGUUUAGACAAUUUUCUGCUAGUUUAGCCUAAAGUAAUUCUAUAUUUUCAUCAUAGAAGGAUCUGGUCCCUCUCUAAGGCCUCAAGCAGUCGGUUUAACUGUUUAGAUUGUGACGUUGAUAUUAUAUAAACGUUAUGCAAAUAUCAGAUACAAUAGAAAGCAUGGUAGAACUUCACAAAGUAUUGAAAAGGCACUCUGCAAAACAAGGUUUGUAUUUCAAUUGGUCCUGAAGAAGCAGCCAAACUAGCAGCAACAAGGGCAAGGCUUCUGUUUUUUUUUUCUGCAAUUCAGUUGACUGGUGUGGUUUCUGAAACACUGCUGUUGUGGUAGUGGAACUUAAUUGUGUUUUACACUUUAUGGCAUCUUAGGUCGAAGGAUUUCUAUUAUGUCAAUUCUUACAUUUUCCUCUGUUUAUCUAUGUUGCUGAUUGAUCAAGGGCAAGACUUCUUUAUUUCAAUUCAGUUGACUAGUGUGCUUUGUCUCCUGAAACACUGCUGUUGUGGUGGUGGCAAUUUAUUUGUGUUUUAUACUUCAGUGUCUAAGAUGGAUGGAUGGGUUUUUAUCAUUUCUGGUCUUGCAUUUUCCCCCUGUUUUCUUAUGUUGCAGAUGGCAUAUUGAUUUUUUAAACUAUUUUUAGUAUAUAAUUAUUUUCUAAUCAUAACUACAGGCUCACGAAAUGUAUUAGAUUUUUAUUCUGGAGAGGAACAAGACUAAGGUUUGCAAGUAAUUGACAUGAUAAGGAUGCAUGUUUGAAAGUUGGUCCAAUCCCUCUCUCUCUUUCUCUCUCAUGCCAUGCGUGUGUGCACACACACAUAUAAAUGUAGUUUUCUAAUCCAAAAUGCCUUAUAGCAUAGAUAUGUGUAGAAAAUAUAUUGUUCUUAUAUGUGAUUCUCAUUUUAGAUGUCCUUACACAAAACCUCAGAACUGAAUAUUUAUGAAGUGGAUGUGUAUUAUUAAGAUCAAACAAAUAUAUAUGAAUCCAAGCUAUUUUGACUAUCUUAUGUACUUGGAUAGUACUGGGACUAUACUGAAUAUCUGAUAAUUUUGUAACUUGAACUCCCACUGCCUCUUUAUGGAACUAUCCACUUAUUGGAUUAGACUCAAGAAGUCAAAGGCAGUGAAGUGUUAAAUACAAUUUACUUGACAAUAAAA